AUGGAGGAAGGGCUAGCGGAAGCGUGUGCCCAAUUGCGUUUGACGGAGGAGGAACAAACUGCUGUCAACCUUGAAGAUGUGGUUGACGAGGUGGUCGAGGAAAGGUCUGAAUUUUAUGUUGUGGGGAGAUUGCUUACAAAGAAACCAUAUAGUUUAAAUCAUAUGAAAAACGCUUUGGCCAGCGCUUGGCGUCUUGCGAAGGGUUUCAAUAUGAGAGAUAUUGGUGAUAAUUUAUUCAUCUAUGAGUUUUUCUCUAGAGUUGAUAGAGCGAGAAUCCUUAGAGAAGGACCGUGGCACUUUGAUAAACAACUAAUUUUGAUGGAACCAGUCAAAGGAAAUAUGCAACCAAAUAAUCUUCUAUUAAAUGGCUGUCUGAUGUGGGUGAGAAUAUAUGAUUUGCCCCUUAACUGUCGUGGGAAAGCUGCAGUUGAUAAAAUUGGGUCAAAAAUUGGCAAAGUGGAGGAACGGGAUGAUGAUAAUGGGGGUGGAUGGAAUCGAUAUAGCCGAAUACGGAUUGUUUUAGAUACAAAUAAACCCCUUAUGCGAGGAAUGACUGCCAUCAAUCCGUUAGGGGAGAAAGUUUGGAUUUCAUUUAAAUAUGAGCGGAUCCAUAACUUCUGUUACUGGUGCGGAAUGUUGGACCAUGUAGAGGCUCAGUGUGAGUUUAAACCGGAGCAGACGGAAGUUUCUGAAUGGCCAUAUGGCCCCAUACUGCGGGCUACGCCCAGGAGGAGGAAAUUGAUGGGUAACAGACCACAAACGGGGUCAGGAGGCAGGAGUUGGGAGGCCCAAUCAAGGACUAUGGUAUCAAAUGAGAACGCUCAAAAUGGGGUCUGUCGUAACCUAUUUGGGGAAGAUGAAGGGAGAGACGAAGAUGAGGAAACCAACGCUAUAGACGUGCAAACUCUGCAUGGUACUGUAGCUGUCCAGGAAAUCCAUGCAGGAGAAGUGGGAGCUGAAAGGGUCGACGGUUUAGUGGAGGUUAACGUGAGUUUGGGGCAGAUUGAUGGUAGAGGAAAGCAAGGUUGUGGGGUUUCGAAGAAAGUUUCAGCUAAAGGGAGUAGCAGCAAGAAGAAAACAUGGAGUAGAAACUUGAAUAGGAAAGGAGAGAAGGGGACCACAAGUGGUGAGGCGGGGGUAGUUUCAACCAAACGGAAUUACUCAACGAUCCAGGAGAGUGCAGAGCUGAAUAAUCUUUUCUCAAAGAGGGUUAGAGAUGGAUUAUCAGACAAGUUUGGAAACAUCGAGAUAUCGGCGGAGACUGCGGAGCAGUCUUGCCGGACGCAAUGA